ACCAUCAACAAUGGCUGGCGCAGAGUACCGCUCCCCAUCGGAGAAGGUCGUCGCAGAGGCAGUCACACUCGAUGCUCGCCGUCGUGCCGCCCUAGCAGAAGUCGACGCGGCCAAGUUCUCUUGGUUCCACGUAAAGGCAGUCCUCGUCGCCGGUGUAGGCUUCUUCACAGAUGCCUAUGAUAUCUUCGCUAUCUCCAUCGCUGCUACCAUGCUGGGUCUCGUCUAUGCCGACGCGACCACCCUGGGCACUAACGCUGACCUUGGGAUCAAGGUCGCGACCCCCGUCGGCACUCUUGUUGGUCAGCUCCUGUUCGGGUGGCUCGCGGAUCUCAUUGGUCGCAAGCGCAUGUACGGUGUCGAGCUCAUGAUCAUCAUCGUCGCUACUUUCGGUCAGGCGCUCUCUGCUCAAGGCCCCAACACCGCUGUCACCAUCACCGGUGUCAUCGUUGUCUGGCGGUUCAUCAUGGGUGUAGGUAUCGGAGGUGACUACCCUCUCUCCGCUGUCAUCACCUCCGAGUUCGCUGCCACCCGCAUCCGUGGUCGCAUGAUGUGCGCUGUGUUCGCUAUGCAGGGCUUCGGCAACUUUACCGCUGCCGUCGUGGCCACCGUCGUCGUUGUCGCCUACAAGCCUUACAUCCUCUCCUCCGGACCUCAGGCUGUUGACUACACCUGGCGUCUCCUGAUUGGUCUUGGCUGCGUGCCCGCCGUCAUUGCCCUCUACUUCCGUCUCACCAUCCCCGAGACUCCCAGGUACACCAUGGAUAUUGAGCGCAACGUUCUCCAGGCCUCCGUCGACGUUGAGCAGUUCCUCGCUAACCAGCCCUACAAGCACGACCCAGAUGCGAUCGUCCAGCGUGUCCAGGCUCCCCGUGCGUCCAGACGCGACUUCAUCGCCUACUUCUCCCAGUGGAAGAACGGCAAGGUCCUCCUCGGGACGGCAUACUCCUGGUUCGCCCUCGACAUUGCCUUCUACGGCCUUGGCUUCAACUCCUCCAUCGUCCUCACGGCCAUUGGCUUCGGUACCGCCGCCACCCCUACGACAAACGAGGGCAUGUACCAGACCCUGUACAACGUCUCCACCGGUAACAUCAUCCUUGCCGUUGGUGGCCUCAUUCCCGGCUACUGGGCUGCCUUCCUCUUGGUUGACAGCUGGGGACGCAAGCCCCUGCAGAUGAUGGGCUUCGCCUUCCUCACCGCUAUCUUCUGCGCUAUGGGCUUCGGGUACUGGGCGAUGAAGACGAGCCAAGCGGCCAAGAGCGCCUUUGUCUGGCUCUACUGCAUGGCCAACUUCUUCGAGAACUUCGGACCUAACACAACCACGUUCAUUAUCCCCGGCGAGGCCUUCCCCACCCGCUACCGCUCAACCGCACACGGUAUCUCCGCCGCCUCCGGCAAGCUGGGCGCUAUCCUUGCCCAAGUCGGCUUCUCCCAGUUGCAGAAGUGGGACGGCCAGGACUGGAUCGGCCACAUCCUCCAGAUCUUCGCAUUCUUCAUGCUCACGGGUGUGUUCUCCACCCUCCUCCUCCCUGAAACGAAGCAGCAGACACUGGAAGAACUCUCGAACGAGAACCAGGACGGGUUCAUCACCGACGUACCCCCCGUACGCAUCACAGACGGAGGUGCCAUCGUCACCGGUGCAGGGGGCGAGAUGGUAUAAAACACCCCUUUAUGACUGGCUCGUCUGUCCGCUUCACCACGUGCCCGAUCCAUGACCUAGAUCGUAAUGCCCCACACCAAUCUUUUGUUUCUCUGUAGCUGGAUGUGUAGCGCAGCCUUUCC